UUUUCCUCUGUUCUCAUUCUUUCUGCUUUCAUCAUCUUCUUCUGAGACAUUUUUUUUCUCUCUUUCACAACUUUCUUUCACAAAUUUGCUUCUGAAAUUGUUGCUGACUUCAGAUAUGGAGGUUCCCGUGAUCAACAGGAUAAGCAAUUUCGAUGGCGGAGUUUCGACGUCGUUUAUUUCUCAGAUUCCCUCGCUCUCCUUGAGAGAAAAGCUUUUACAACCUCACAGCUUCUGGAAAUGGAGCGCUUUUAUCAUCGCCAUGAUCGCCUCCUUCGGAACCAUUAUCAGCAGAAUUAGGAUUUUGGUCAUUCGAUUACAAUGUUAUUUUUCUAAAUCUCCGGCCUCGGAGCCUCUUCUCACGAAUACCGAUGACGAUUUGGAUUACAGCGACGACGAAGACGAAGACGAAGCCGUUUCGUGGUCGUCCUCUUCCUCCGUCUCCGAUUUCGAAGAGAACGACGAUAACGAGGUACGGGCCGAUGAAGAUUUCAGCGUCAAGGGUUCUGACCACAAUUUGGGGCUUCGCCGGCGCCGGAGCUCCGGCGACCACAGCCGGUUCUCGUGGUCGGACUUUAGCGUCGUGAAGCUCUGGGAAAACUUCGGGUUAGGGUUCGAACUCGAAGACGACGACGAAGAUCCGGUGGUCUCCCUCUACGACGACAAGAAGUGGAGGGUUUCCUCCUCCGCCACGUCAUCACCGGCAACGAUGCUGUCAGCGGGGACGAGCGAGACCGGGCGCGUGGCGGUUGGGGUCUGGGACGCGCGCGUGGGGUGUCGGAUCCCGGCGAUACUCGCCGAGUGGGGUCCACAGCUGGGGAGGAUCGUUGGAGUCGCGUCCGACGGCGCCGGGAAUGUCUACGUCAGGGAUGACGUCAGCGGUAGUAUGACUGUCGGAGAUCUGAGAAACGUCAGCUCGGCGUUGAAGAGUUUGACGGCGUACGGUAUCGACGAAUCGGGAUCUGACUCGGCCGUGAGUCGGUGCUGUGACGCCGUUAAGUCCUAUCUGUUGUAGAUUUGGCUGAAACUGAACUUGAAAAACAAAAACUUGUACCGAUAAUUUGUAAAUAUUCAUUUUUAUUAUCAAUAA